UCGUGCUACGGCGUAGCCUCGUAGCCUCGUAGCCUCGUAGCUUCGUAGCGUCGUAGCGGCUACGAAUGAUUUUGUGACUGAGUGAUUGCGUGAUGACAUUUUGAAAGUGAAACUUUUGGAAACAUGAGGUCCGGAACGGGGCCCACCGGAUGCGCCGUGCUCCUGCUCCUAUCCGUGGCCUCCACCUCCAGCCAGCUGAUCUUCCUCAUGGAGCCACCUCCUCGGCUGUCGUUCUCCAACAGCACUGGUGCCAGGGUCUCCUGCGCAGCACAUGGAACACCAGCUCCUACCAUUACGUGGCUGACGGAAGACGGGGUGCCUGUUACUGACAUCCCGGGUCUGAGGGAAGCCCUACCCAACGGUACGCUAUGGCUGGGCGCGUUCUCCGCGGCUCAGUACCGCAGCGACGUCCACGCGGCGGUGUACCGCUGCCGCGCCGCCGGGACUGUCGGCACUGUCCUGUCCCGGGAUAUGAGACUUGAGGCUGUGAUGGACGUGUCAUGGGAGCUGCGCGUGCAGCCAACUCACGGCGUGUCAGGCGGCGCCGCGCUGCUGACUUGCGCUGCGUCGUCCGCCGUCCGCCAUCAUGUCACCGUCACCAGAUGGUUCAAGGAUGGCGCCGUGCUUACGCCCAUGGCUGCUGACUCUGGCGGUCGCUACAUAAUCGGCGGCAGUCGCGGCGACAUUCUGGUGGUGCGGGACGCGCGUCUGGACGAUGCCAACUCCUACUCCUGCGAGGCGCAGCACGCACUCACGGGGGAGAAGAAGAGAAGUGCUUCAGCCAUGAUCGCUGUUUCCCACCCUACGGGGAGCAUGGCGCCCAGGAUCCUGACGAUAUCGGAAGAUGAGGUGGUGCCCCAGGGAGGAGACAUCAGACUGGUCUGCUGCGCCAUCGGAAGUCCACCGCCAACUUACAGCUGGUUCCGUCACUCGAACGGCCGCCUGAGCCCCGUCUCCAACAACAUCCGCAUCUCCGUGUCGGAGCAGGUGCUGGUCAUCCGUCGCGCGCUGCUGUCAGACAGCGGGGUUUGGACUUGCCGCGCCCACAAUCAGUACGGCGAGCAGCGAAGAGACGCACGGCUGAGGGUGCGCUCAAGACUGGUGGUUAGCGUCCAUCCGCAGCUGCAGAUCGCGAACUCCGGAAGCUCCGUCAUGUUCAACUGCUCCGUGGAAGGAGGGGAGGCGAGGGUCAGGUGGCUUCACGACGGAGUUCCAGUGGGCGGGGGAGAGCGGGUGCUCCGCGUCCACGGUGUAGUGCGCGCACACAGGGGCAUGUACCAGUGCUUCGCGGAACGGGACCUGGAUAGCGCGCAAGCGGCUGCGGAGUUGAGGCUUGGAGACACAGCACCCGAACUGCACUACACAUUCAUCGAACAAGCACUGCACCCGGGCCCGGCGCUGGCACUGCACUGUUCUGCUUCCGGUUCUCCUCCUCCACGCUUCACCUGGCUCCUGGACAUGCAGCCCGUGGAGGAGCACACCACCACUCAGAGGAGUAUAUCCCAGUUCAUGAGUGCUAGCGGCGACGUGGUGAGCUACCUCAACAUCACGUCCGUGCGACCUGACGACGGCGGCCGCUACACCUGCCGCGCUCACAACUCACGCGGCGCCGUCGAACAUUCCACCAGGCUUAACGUUUAUGGUCCCCCCUCAAUAAGGAACAUAGGUCCAGUGCGCGUGGUCGCCGGCGUCAAUACCACCAUCUACUGCCCCUACUCCGGAUUUCCAAUCAGCGAGAUCCGAUGGCAGCGUGGUGGUGUGGACGUGGGCACGACGGGGCGGGCGCUGUCUGGGGGCGGCGGGGAGCUGCUGCUGUGGCCGGCCGAGCCCGCGGACGCCGGCGUCUACUCCUGUCGCGUCACCGCCCCCUCUGGGCAAUAUGCGCAGAAGGACAUACAGAUAUUUGUGAGGAAUCCUCCAAAAAUAGCCGGGUUCUCGUUUCCAAGCGACUUGACCGAGGGCAGCUCCAUCCAGGUGCUGUGCGGCAUCACGUCCGGUGACAAGCCCGUUUACUUCUCCUGGCUGAAGGACGGACAGCAUAUACCAUCUAACUUACAGGUUCAAGAAAAAUCGCUCGAUGAGUUCAGUUUCCUCAUCUUCUCGCACGUGACGUCGAAGCACAGCGGCGAGUACACCUGCGUCGCCAGCAACACCGCAGCUGAAGUCAACCACACUGCACGCCUGGCGGUCAAAGUGGCACCGUCUUGGGUGUUCGAGCCUCAAGAUGUCUCCGCGUUGCUUGGAACUCAGAUAUUGGCGCACUGCUCCACGCGAGGAUACCCUGAACCCAGGAUUACGUGGUUGAGGGCACAAGGUUCCUCCAGCGAUUUCCGUCCUCUAGCCCGUAUGGAGGUGCCUAUGACGGUGCUGGCCAAUGGCACGCUGAGCGCGGCGGCGGCUGCGAGGGCGCACGAGGGCCGCUACAUGUGCCGCUCAGACAACGGCGUUGGCAGAGGCUUGUCUAAGAUCAUCACGGUGUCUGUCAACGAGCCCGCCCACUUCGACUUCUCCUCCCGUAACAUGUCAGUGCGACGUACCUCGAGCGCAUCACUAUCAUGUGAAGCGCGAGGUGAUGCGCCUAUACAGCUGCAUUGGACGCACAAUAUGCAAGCGCUCGACUUGUCUACUUACAGGGUGUCAGUAUCAGAGAAGAGGUCUGAGAGUGGAGCGAGUUCCACGCUCAGUAUUGCGCAUGCGCAGCGCCAGGACUCCGGCGUGUACCGCUGUCGCGCCGAGAACGCGUACGGCAGAGACGAGCUACUUAUCUAUUUGGCUGUACAAGAAUUCCCUGAAGCUCCCCGUGGUCUAUUAGUACGGAGGCGUGAGGGGCGAGCAGCUGUGGUCACCUGGCGGCGCGGCUACGACGGCAACGCUCGACUCCGAGCAUACCGCCUGCAGUACCGUGUGGUGGGAGAUUCCACCAGAGCCGCGCCUGACUGGAAAGACGCGCCGACGAGGGAUUUAGCCCCUGAUCUUAUUGCACAAAGGCAGGAAUCAUCAGAUGCCUCCUCAGACAUGGUGCUGGAGUACCGGGUGGACGGACUGCGGCCCGCCACGACGUACGCGUUGCGUCUCGCUGCCGUCAACGACAUCGGUGACAGCGACUACAGCGACUCCGUGCUCGUGCAUACGCUCGAAGAAGUACCAUCAGAGCCGCCGCGGAAUGCGGAAGUGCAAGUGGAUAUGCCCGGUGAAGUCAUCCUGAAAUGGCAGGCGCCAUCCCAAGAAUCCUGGAACGGCGAGCUAGUGGGGUACGCGGUGUGGUGUCGAGGGGAGAACAUAUCCCUGGCGCUGACUGUGUCGGGGUGGGCGGGGGGCCGCGCCCGCUUCCCCGCGCCCCGCCCCCGGACACGCCUCGAGCUGCGGGUACGUGCGGUCAACGCGGUCGGUGCGGGACCGAGCUCGCCUCCGCUGACAGCUACUACGCUUGAUGAUGGUUAACGUUAUUCAGUAAAUAUAAGCGAGUCAAUAAAUAUUCAUGUUUCAGUGCCAGAAGCUCCCCCGCAAUUGGUCCGUUGCGAGCCACUUUCCACUCAGUCGUUCCGCGUGUGGUGGGAGCCACCUCCGCCACCGUCCAGAGGUGGCCUGCUUCUGGGAUAUGAGCUGCUAUACCAGGCGGCAGGUGAGCUGGAGGUUGGUUGGGAGCGGAGACGGGCUGGCGGGGGCGAGGCGCAAGUAGCGGGGCUGCGGGCUGGUGCGUACGUGGUGCAGGUCGCAGCCCGCACUGCUGCAGGCUUGGGACCGCCUGCUACGGUGCACUGCUCCACACUUGAUGACAUUCCCGGGCCACCUGCCGACGUCAAAGUGGUUCCAAACAGCGAAGAUUCUGUCAUCGUCAGCUGGCUGGCUCCUCUACAGAAGAACGGCAAGAUACGACACUACACAGUCUACAAUAGACCACAGAGGACAGGACAGCACUCCCACGUGCUAGUUCCUCAUUCUGAAGAGGAGCAGAUGGUGGAACUGCGUGGGCUGCAGCACCAGCUGUACGAGUUCUGGGUCACAGCCGUCACCUCCGCCGGCGAGGGCGAGAUGAGUGCUAUCGUUGCAAGAACACCUACGCCUAGAGCCGGUGCCAAGCUCUGGUCGUUCCCUCGACGGGUGGUGGCUGCUGAAGGUUCUCGUGUGGUGCUGUCCUGCGGGGCUGCAGGCUCGCCGGCACCGCUGCGGGCGUGGAGCAGACGCCGCCCCCCACCCCCUAGUGCUGACCCCCGCAUCGCUAUAGAUGGACAUAGACUUGUUAUGUCUAAACUAGAAGCUUCACUCAGCGACAACUACACAUGCGCAGUCCGCAACCCGUGGGGGGAGGAGCGGGGUGUGUGGGAGUUGCGCGCCGUGUCGCCGCCGCCGCGCCCGCGCCUGCGCCUCACUGCUGCCGCGCCCGCCGCGCUGCUGCUCGCCUGGGACAGCGUGGACUCACACAGUUUUACGCUGGAAUACGCUGCGGAGGAAGGCGGUUGGCAGUCGGCAUGGAUAUCGGGCGUGGCGCGCACGCACGCAUUGCGGCGACUGGCGUGCGGGGCGGCGUACCGUUUGCGUCUGACAGCUCGCAACGCGGCAGGCGCGUCCCUGCCCAGCGAAAUAUUGGCCGCGGCUACUACUGGGGGAUGUAAUAAUCCUAUUGAUCGUUUAUUAAAAAUAGUUGAUCGUCGCGGUCGUAUUACUUUUUCAGUGUCCAAAGCCGCGCUCGAAAAGCAUUUGAUCACAACCAACAGCAGUUGCAUUCGUCUCAACUUGCUCACGUGGGACAGCAACGGAUGUCCAAUCAUCAACUUUGUCGUCUCCAUAAAAGCCUUCGAAGACUCCGCCUGGCGGUCAGAAACCUUAGAGCUGGAGCCUCAUCCAGUCUCCAUGUGUGGGCUGAUGUCUGCCACGUGGUAUCACCUGAAGAUAGUGGCCACGAGUACCGCUGGAGCGACAACUGCCACUUAUUACUUCUCCACGCUGACAGAAGAUGGAGAACGAAUACCAGCGCCUGCGCAGUUUCCAACUGGCGGAGAGGAGAACGUCACUGGCGGGCCGGUGCUGCUGGCGGCGGCGCUAGGGCUGCUGUUGGCAGUUCUGCUAUUAGCUGCCUUUGCUUAUAGAAGAAGUACCUCGCCGUCCUGCUUCAGGAAGGGGUACGAGGCGGGCGGCGGGGGGGAGGCGGACAAGUCGCUAGAGAAGCGCGACAACCGCCGCAACUGCCAACAGGUGUAUACCUCAUCGCCGAUCAAACCCUCGAAGAAGGAGCAGCAAGAGAUGUACGAGAUCAGCCCGUACGCGACGUUCAGUAUGGGCGAGGCGGCGUGCGAGGGCGGGACGCUACGUACGUUCGGCCGCGCCGAGCCCGCCCCGCUCGCCGCUGCGCCGCCGCGCGCGCCGCAUCCGCACCCGCACCGCGAGCCCGCUGACUCCGACGACUACACGUUAUCCCACGCCAUGACGCUGAUGGUGCGUCGCGCGGAGUCUGACUCUGACUCCAGUGGCUCGCCCUGUGCUGAGUGCACCAGCGUCUCUUAUCGCAUGCCGCUGCCUGCUAAAGCAGGUAACAGCACAGCAGCGGAAGAGUCGCUCCGCGUG